ACCACAGUGUUAUACCUUGAUUUUUCUCUUGAAGUAAAAUGCUUCAUAUGGGGAUACAAUAAGCUCUUCUGAGUGGUCAAUGCCACAUAGCUAGCAUACUUUUACUGUACUAUAUGUAUCUCAGAUGUAGUUAUAUGUAAACAAGAACCCUGUCAUAUAUAAGAGACUAGGAUUUUAUAUAGAGUUUCAAGAAAUGUAGGAGAAGGAAGAGUGCUCCAUAGCGUAAACCAGUACCGGAGGGUGGGUAAGACUAUAAGGAUCACAGCCACUUGGAUGGUUGUGUAAAUCAUACACAACAAUGAUGAGCGUAUAUACAGACUAAAAAAUUGUCAAGACAUUUGUUAAUUCUCCAUGGCAGCUGCACAAACGUUCAGCCUGUCCUGUGACACUAGGAACCAUCAUCUCCGAUCUUUCAACUCAGACGUUUCAUACAGGUGCAACAUGGGUAGCGUGAGCAGCCUGAUAGAGAAACAGGAGUUCUCACCAGAUGACAUUAACCUAGACUUCAAGCCCCUGUCAGAUUCACACAGUCCUGGAAAUAUUUUCAAGAGGGGCCUGAAUCAACGGGAACUGCUAAACUAUUUGAGCAUUGCGAAGAAAGAAGGUAAAAGUGGGAAGAAGUUAUCCUCAGGGCUGCUAUUCCGCAGAGAACGCAGCGUGGAAGGAGAAGAGAAUGACUAUCCAGUUUUGUACCAUAAAGAGCGCAGGGGGACAGAUUUUAGCAAAAGUUCCCUUCCAGAAAGGGGACGUUUUGAAAAGUCUCGCUUUGGACAAUCUGCAUUGAAGCCAUCGAAUGCUAAGAACUUUAUGUCAAUGCAAAGUUUAUGUUCCUCAGGACAGAAGUUAUCCAAAAGCAAUGGGAGCUUGAACACAUUAGGCAGUCUGAACAGUCCUCCUCGUCGUGGGCCACUAAAGUCUAAUAACAUUCACCAUAUGAGUCAGCAUGAGAGCGAAAAUGAUGAGAAUGAAAGCUUGUCAGAUUCAAGGCAGAAUUCCAUUAACAGCUAUAAUGCUUAUAGCCCUGGGUUUAGUGUAGCACAUGGCCAAAUCAGUGCUUCCACUGGCCAUAUAAAUCAUAUUGGUGGAUCAUUAGACCGAGCAUCCCGGGGGGUUCGAGACAUGGCAUCCGGAGAAAAGAAACCACUAUCCUGCAAGAGUAUGGCAACUUUGAGUCGCCUACAGUGUUCUGGAGAACCUCCACCUCCAUAUGAGUACUCUCAGUCUGUGGAGGAUGUAGCCCGCCAGCUAGAGGAAAGGCUAUAUGAAAAGAGUAUGGAAAUAAGACAGCUUAGAAGGAGUCCAAGUGACAAAGAUGAUCCUUUUACUCAGGUAUUUGAAGACAAGCGGCGUCUUUGGAUGGAAGAACUUGAAGAAUUAAAACAGAUGUACAUAUCUAAGCUGCAGCAGAUCUCUCAGCAGGCCCUGCGCAGCCAACGGGCCUUACAGCUGCAGCUUUACAAGGUUCAGCAGGAGAAAAAGCGUCUCCAUGAAGAACUGAACUCCCUGAAAGGAGAGUGUGAGCAGCUGAGGCAAAAACCAACCAAGACCGAAAAUCUUAGUCCUAAACUUGAAGAGUCCAAAUGGGAGAUUUCGCAGAAGGCUGGUGAGAUUUCUCUCCUAAAACAACAACUAAGAGACUGUCAAGCUGAGAUUACACAGAAAAUGGGGGAAGUAUUUUUGAUGAAGACGCAACUUCGAGACGCAAAACAUUUAGCAAAAGAAAAAGAGAGAGAGUCUACAGACUUAAAAGCUCGUCUUCAGGCUCUGGAGGCUUCAAAAGAAAAAUCUCCAACAAGUACUCAAGGAAAUAUCUUUAGCGUAGAUGAUCCAAAGUGGGCUCAAAAAGAAGCUUCAGAAGCUUCAGAGCUAGAGCGGGUAAAGGCCGAGUUGAUGCUAGAAAGACGUCAGAAUGAAGCACAGCUGCUAAAUUUUGAAAAAGAAAGGAAAAUUUGGAAAGAUGAAAAAGAGAAGGUGCUAAGGUACCAGAAGGAAAUCCAGGCAGGCUACCUAGAAAUGUAUCACCGCAAUCUGGCUCUUGAGAGACAGCUUCAGGAAGUCAGACCCAUUCCGGCUCAGUCACCGAGUACCCCCUCGCUUUGGAUGGACGCUGUGGAAUCAUUUGAAACAACAUGAAAUCUAGAAUAUAUAGUACUUUCUGAAACUAUGUGCUGGUCAUAGGAACUAUGAGUCCAGAUGAUGUAAGAACCUUUUACAGAAAAAAGUCUACUUCUUCUUGUGGUAAUGGUAUGUUGUGGUAAAGAGAAACCUGAUCAUUCUCUUUGGGUCACUAUUAUUUGGCCGUUAAAAGUUUUAUGCAACUAUGCCAUGAUGACUCCAACUUGACAGAUGUUGGCAUCACCCAGCAUAUCUUAGUUUUUUUGUACUCAUGUACUUUUUGAUAUAUAUUCAAUAUUAGGGAUUAAAAUGAGAUUGAACAAGUCAGCCAUCCAUGGUGCAGAUUUUGGACUGAAAAAUUAUCUUCUUCUUGACAUUGACACCACUGUGGUUGGAGGAUGCUAGUCCAGGACUAGAGAAAAGCUGUGUCCCGGAAUCCUCUUGCAGCACUUUAUUGCCUCAGGUCACCCGUUUAUUGAGGCUUAUGAAAAUAUAUUUUUUUAGAGCUGUGAAGACAAACCUAUAUUUUGUAGGAGCUUUUAAACCUUUAACCUCUUCAAUGGUGUGACAGUAGUUGUAUUGUAAUGUACAAUAUUUUAAUAACUGGCUGUCAUUUGUGGAUUGGGCCAGUAAACUAUUGGUCUGUCUGAAUAUUGAUGUGGUGAAUAAGAAUCCAGGAAGCAUAGCUUUUAGUAGCUGGAGGUGGUUCUGCUAACCUUUCGAGUCUGCUUACAGUAUUUAAGAUUCCAAAACUAGUUAUACAAGACAGUCACAUGUAUUGUUAUUGUUUAGCAGUGUAUAUCCUUCUGUCCCAGGACCAGUGAAAGAAAAGUUGGUGCCAGGCAGCCAUUGAAUUUGGACAUUUUUCCAUGAUAUCAGCUGUGACCAGAUAUAUUAUAACAACUCCUUCUGAAACAAUUUUUUCCUGUCAAGAUAUGUUUGGCCCCUCUCAUUUGCAGCCAUCCACAGCCUUGGUAGCAACACAAAAUCAAUACAGGCCCAAGACCUGCCCCCGAAUAAAUACAGACCCAAAACCUGCCUGCCAAAUAAACACAGACCCCAAACGUGACUCCCCUCAUCAAAAUCAAAUAAAUACAAAUCCAGACCAGCCCCCUCCCCCCCAAAAAAAGAAUAUAUAUACCUGACCACUCCCCCAAAAAAAAAAUCUCAAACAAAAAGGCCCUCAACUCUCGAAUGUGUAUGGAGGGAGAUUUCUACUUACAGAUCAUUUUGUUCUUAGAGAAGUAAGUUGCCUCCAGAGGUGUCUGGCAGUGGCUUACCUCUCCUCUCUCCAUUCAGAGCACAUGAAAACUAAGCCUGCUUAGGUCGAGUUAUCCUUGUGCAGGUCUCUCAGCUUUAGGCUUUAGUCACAUGUCAAAAGAUCUGCAGAAAAUCUCUAUGCAGACAUUCUGCAGACGCCGCAUAACAUGCCGUUGGUAGGACUGCUCGGGAAUCCGCAGUCUCAUAGACCGUAAUGUAUUCCGCGUGGAGUCCGCAGAAAGAAUGGACAUGUUAUGGUAAGUUUUCAGUUAAUUUAUGUAUUUCCAGGAACAUGGUGCUGUUUGUAGUAAAUAUUAAUGGCUACUGUGCAUUUUAGUAACCACCACUACAACAUGCUUUGCCUAUACUAUGUAUAUAUUAUUAUGCAUUUUUGUGAUUUUGUUUUUUAAACAAUUUUCAAACUUGAAAUGUGAAAAAUUCUACUGAAAAUAAAUUGAAUUACA